UAAAUACACAUCACGGUGGCGUUGUCGGCUUUCUGCAACCUUGCACGUCAACAGAGAUGAAGUGUUUGAGUUAAGAUUCUUUGGUCAAUUGUUGAGGGUAUUUUGAGGCUUUUUUAUUAGUGCUUUUCGGGAGUUGGGAUUUUUUGGGGAUUCCUGAGGGACGUGAGGCAUGAAACGACCGCGAGAAGAGGCUGAUGAUGAUUGUGGUGAUGGGAGGAAUCCCAUCACAUUCCUCGACAUUGCAGUUGAUGGGGAGACUGUUGGACGAGUUGUCAUCGAAUUAUUCAAAGACAUAGUUCCCCGGACAGCUGAGAAUUUCCGAGCCCUUUGCACCGGGGAAAAAGGGAUCGGAAUUAAUGGAAAGAAGCUGCAUUACAAAGGGACCAUCUUCCACAAACUCGUUCCCCAGUUCAUGAUCCAAGGAGGUGACAUCAUCAAUUUCGAUGGUACUGAUGGAGAGAGCAUCUAUGGAAGGCGCUUCGAGGACGAAAAUUUUGAGAUAUCCCACUCUGUAAGAGGCCUCCUCAGCACGGUGAACGAAGGAAAACCAGACACCAACAAUUCGCAGUUCAUUAUCACAACAGAGCCCAGCUCCCACCUCGAUAACACAAAUGUCGUGUUCGGAAAGGUCAUAAGGGGAAUGGGAAUCAUCCAGGAGUUGAAUGACACCAUCCGUAUCUAUAAAGAUCGACCUCUCCAGAAAGUGCAGAUUGUGGAGUGUGGAGAGUUGAAAAGAGGCGAUAAUUGGGGCAUCUGUGAGGAUGAUGGGACGGUGGAUGUUUAUCCUCUUUAUCCAGAGGACUGGGAUUACGUGAUCGAUACAGAUGAAGAGAAACUGGAUCACAAACAUGUAAUGAAAGCGAUAGAGCACAUAAAAGUCUCAGGGAAUCAUUAUUUCACUAAAAAAAACUACUCGAAGGCUGGACUGAGAUACAAAAAGUCGUUACGUUAUUACGAUUGGCUCACAAAGGCACGGAGUGUUCCAAAAGAUCUCGCUGAGCCUCUGCAGAACCUCUGGAUCUCAAUACUGCUGAACUCAGCGGCAGUAGAAUUAAAAUUAAAUAGAUACAGGGAGGCUUUGAAGCUGUGCAGCGAUGUCUUGGAAGUCGACAAAACCAACAGUAAAGCACUAUUCCGUCGAAGCCAAUCAUACAUGGGACUCAACGAGUACGAUCUUGGCCUUAAUGACCUGAAAUUAGCGAACACUUCUACUCCAAAUAAUCCUGACAUCCUUCAAGAGUUGGACAGAGUGAAGAAGAUAAUAAAAUCCUACCUAGCUGUUGAGAAAACCACCUUCAAACGUAUGUUUCAAGUAUGAUGAAUUGCUGCCGCAAGUACAAAUACAGAAGUGAAUGGCAAUUGACCAAAUAAUUUCCCUCGAAUAACAAUGACAUACUAUUUUUAAUGCAAAAUAAUUCGACGCAGAGAAUAUAUUUUAAAUAAUGUUACAAGAAUUAAGAUAUAGAGCUGUUACUGAUUGUGUAUUUUGUAGUUCACUGGUGAAGUGGUGAGACGUUACAAAUUACAUUUUUAUUAUUUUUAUAAUUAUCUAGAAAACAAGUCGAUUGAGAGAAAAUAUCAAGAAUUUUCGGUAGUGAUGAAAUAUCGAAGAAAGAUCUGAAUUUUAAUUCUCAAGGCAAUCGCGCCCGAAGUAAUUCUCUACUUCAUCACUGAAUUAUCUCUCCUCUCAUUCCUGGAGUCAAUCAACUGACACAUAUAUCAAUUACUGCCGUUUGUCGUAUUUAAUGUAAUAAAAGUGGUAAAAAUGAAUUAUAAAUGUGAAUGAUACUGAAUA